AUGGACGAGCCAAUUCCCACUUUAACAGUAUUUACACCAGCAGCGAGCUGUGGGCAGAUCCUUUCAAUUUCAUCAUUGUUGUAUGAAAAUGGCAAUAGAGAAUUCCUACGAAUGGAUUAUGGCGCCCCCGGUGUAUUUAUGUCUCGCUGCUUUCCGCCUGGAUUUAAGACAGACACUUACCAUGGAGGUGGUUACCUCCCUGGUCCUGUAUGUGUUGCCCUAGAAGAUAUUGAAGACAAAAUAAGAUUGGGUACCAGGGAAACUGCUCAACAUACAUAUACAGACGAUGGCGCAGGCACAAAGACUUCAAGUAGAUUCUAG